ACACACACACACACACACACACACAGCUGCUGUAGCUGGGGAUGAAAGGCUGCUUCUCCUCCUCAGACCUGCGGCACAGAACCUGCGGCGCUGUAACAUGUAUCUCCCAGAUCCGACAGAAAGUUUAUUGAAGGAAAGUAAAAGCUCGUCUUGGAGCCCAAUCAAUGCAGGAGUACAGAAAGGAAGUGGUCAGAUCCAGCUGUGGCAGUUUCUCCUGGAGCUCCUGUCGGACAGCUCGAACGUGUCAUGUAUAGCGUGGGAGGGGGCGAGUGGCGAGUUUAAGCUGACCGACCCGGACGAGGUGGCGAGACGCUGGGGAGCCCGCAAGAGCAAACCCAACAUGAACUACGACAAGCUGAGCCGCGCCCUGCGCUACUACUAUGACAAGAAUAUCAUGAGCAAAGUUCACGGCAAGCGCUACGCCUACAGAUUCGAUUUCCGGGGCCUGGCGCAGGCCUGCCAGCCCUCUUCCUCUUCCACUUCCUCCUCCUCUUCCUCAGAGGCUCUUUACACGCUUCACACCAACUUCACCUCCAUUCCCUUCUCAGGAAUCUCCAAGCUGAACCUGGUGGCUCCCGGCGUCGGUCCUCAUGGCUUUCCGUACUGGACCGGAUCAGGACCGGCGCUGUAUCCGAGUCACGGCCUGCAGCCACCUGCGCAUUUCAGUGCAGCGCACAUCAGCUGCGUGAACAACAUCAACCACCUCAACAACAUCAACAAUCACUACAACUGAAGUGCUAAGUCAUCUGGUGUAUGGAGAAUUUUCUAGAUGUUGCCAGUCAAGGUGACUGGAUUUGUAGCUAAAUCUUACUAAUGUUCAGAAGUUUCUAAUCUCAUCUGAUUACGAUGACACAAAUCCGCUCACUUUGACUUGCGCUAAUCCCGUACCUGUAUCACAGGUUAGUGAGUUAGCAUGAAGUCUACCUGCGAAUCCAAACGCACACUUACAGGUUUCCUGUACAAUUAAUCGUUAUAAGUUGCAGGAUCACUAUUUAGCAGAUAAUUAGUGGCGAAUAUGUAAAUAAUUUACAGGAUGUGUAGUAGCGUAGCAGGCGCUAACGCCUUUUGGACAUAGCAACAAGUUAGCUGGCUAAACAACGUAAACAGGUGCUGGGUUAGCUCAGCUAGAAAUGUAAUUAUAAAUGUAAAAAAAGCCUCAUGCACAUUUGUGUGAACAAUAUCAAUCAUUUGGAACGAGAAAAUCUGUCUUAAGAAUCGAUUUUUACGGCUAAGCAUUUUUAGACAGUUGCAUGCUAAUGAAUGGUGUUGCUAUAGAAUCCGGGGUUUUUUGUAGCAUGCUGCCCUGAUUAGCUCACUAUUUCUAGCUGUUCAAUUUGGAGGAAAUCUGGAACAAAGCGUAGAAGUGAGUGAAUUAUAAAUGAAGUACAGCUGCUAUGAUGGGGAAAUUUCCAAACCAGGCAGCGAAGAAGCUCCUCAGGAUGCUCUCAAUAAUUCCUCUGUAGAACGUGCUGAGGAUGGGUGGUGGGAACUAGGUCUUCCUUUCUGGGAGCAUUCUCAGAAAGUAGAGACACAGGAAUAAAAUAAUUUCUAUAUCAAUACUAAUAAUGUUGUUUAAUUCACUAAAAUUCUUUUCUCCUGGGAAAAAUCCAGAAUGAUCAAAUUUAAAAGUUUUCACUUUUUUGCUUUGUGGGAAUUUUUUUUAAGACAUGCCAAA